AUUUUUCUUUGAGACAAUGUCAUCGGAGCUGUCACAGUAUGACCAUACUUCAAUAUCGAGAGUAGAUCUUUUUGUAUUCCCUGUGUACGACGGAAUGAAAUUCUAUGCACUAACAUUCGAUGUGAAGAGAGGGCGAAUACUUGUUUUUGAUAGCACGAAUGUGUUAAAGGAAGAUUGUCUCCUUGAAAAAUAUGGCGUUAUUAUCGAUCACCUGGCAAAUGUACUUGGAGAAUACUUGCACCUACAUGGAGAUCCAAUUAAAAAAAUAAAGAUGUUGAAGGCAAAGAAAUUUGUUGUCCAUAUAAAGUGGGGUAACAAAAGUUGCAUGGAAGCCAGCGGUAUAUAUCUCAUGCGCCACAUUGAAACUUAUAUGGGAGAGACACCGUGCAAUUGGGUAUGUGGACUUCCCACAAAUCCAGAAAGGCAUUUGAUUAGGCUUCGUACAAGAUACUGUGCAACUAUGAUUGGAUGGACAAAUAACUACGUCAAGGAUGAUGUAAUGAGGGGUGCAUCUACAUAUUAUCAAAAUUUCUUGUCCGUUCCAGAUGAGAAGAUGGAAAAGAUAUUUGGAUGACUUAUGGUUUGAAUAAUACACUAUGUUGAAACAAAUUUUCUUCCAUCAUAUGAUUACAUAUGAUGUA